CGGCGGCGAGAGCAGAGGACGAGCCGGGACGCGGCGCCGCGGCACCAGGGCGCGCAGCCGGGCCGGCCCGACCCGACCGGCCACACGGUGGAGCCUUCCGAAGCCAGAACCACCAGAACCCACCAGCACCGAGGCAGCGUUCGCCAGCGGGCCCAGCGCCGGGACCUAUGUUCACGCGUUAACCCCCGCCCGCCGAGACCACGAUAACUCCUUCCUCGAAGCCCGACAGCCCCCCAGCCCCGCGCGCCCCCGGCCUGCCUCCCGCCACCCAGCUGCCCGCCAUGCCCUCCAGCGGCCCCGGGGACACCAGCAGCUCCGCUCUGGAGCGGGACGAGGACCGAAAGGAAGGAGAAGAGCAGGAGGAGCCUCGUGGCAAGGAGGAGCGGCAGGAGCCCAGCACCACCGCCCGGAAGGUGGGCAGGCCCGGGAGGAAGCGCAAGCACCCGCCGGUGGAAAGCAGCGACACGCCCAAGGACCCUGCGGUCACCUCCAAGUCCCCGUCCAUGGCCCAGGACUCAGGCCCCUCCGAGCUGUUACCCAACGGGGACUUGGAGAAGCGGAGUGAGCCCCAGCCGGAGGAGGGGAGCCCUGCUGGGGGGCAGAAGGGCGGGGCCCCAGCUGAGGGCGAGGGUGCAGCCGAAGCCCCGCCCGAAGCCUCCAGAGCGGUGGAGAAUGGCUGCUGCACCCCGAAGGAGGGCCGAGGAGCCCCUGCAGGCGAGGGCAAAGAACAGAAGGAGACCAAUGUGGAAUCCAUGAAAAUGGAGGGCUCCCGGGGCCGGCUGCGGGGCGGCCUGGGCUGGGAGUCCAGCCUCCGCCAGCGGCCCAUGCCGCGGCUCACCUUCCAGGCGGGCGACCCCUACUACAUCAGCAAACGCAAGCGGGACGAGUGGCUGGCACGCUGGAAAAGGGAGGCUGAGAAGAAAGCCAAGGUCAUUGCCGUGAUGAAUGCUGUAGAAGAGAGCCAGGGAUCCGGGGAGCCCCAGAAGGUGGAGGAGGCCAGCCCUCCUGCCGUGCAGCAGCCCACAGACCCCGCCUCCCCCACUGUGGCCACUACGCCCGAGCCCGUGGGGGCUGAUGCCGGGGACAAGAACGCCACCAAAGCAGCCGACGACGAGCCGGAGUACGAGGACGGCCGGGGCUUUGGCAUUGGGGAGCUGGUGUGGGGGAAACUGCGGGGCUUCUCCUGGUGGCCAGGCCGCAUAGUGUCCUGGUGGAUGACGGGCCGGAGCCGCGCAGCCGAGGGGACCCGCUGGGUCAUGUGGUUCGGAGACGGCAAGUUCUCAGUGGUGUGCGUGGAGAAGCUGAUGCCGCUGAGUUCGUUCUGCAGCGCCUUCCACCAGGCCACCUACAACAAGCAGCCCAUGUACCGCAAGGCCAUCUACGAAGUCCUGCAGGUGGCCAGCAGCCGCGCGGGCAAGCUCUUCCCGGCCUGCCACGACAAUGAUGAGAGUGAUACUGCCAAGGCUGUGGAGGUGCAGAACAAGCAGAUGAUCGAGUGGGCCCUUGGGGGAUUCCAGCCCUCGGGCCCCAAGGGCCUGGAGCCACCAGAAGAGGAGAAGAACCCCUACAAAGAAGUUUACACGGACAUGUGGGUGGAACCCGAGGCCGCCGCCUACGCCCCACCCCCACCAGCCAAAAAACCGCGGAAGAGCACGACGGAGAAGCCUAAGGUCAAGGAGAUCAUUGAUGAGCGCACACGAGAGCGGCUGGUGUAUGAGGUGCGGCAAAAGUGCCGGAACAUCGAGGACAUCUGCAUCUCUUGUGGGAGCCUCAAUGUCACCCUGGAACACCCCCUCUUCAUUGGAGGAAUGUGCCAAAAUUGCAAGAACUGUUUCCUGGAAUGCGCCUACCAGUACGACGACGAUGGUUAUCAGUCCUACUGCACCAUCUGCUGCGGGGGGCGUGAGGUGCUCAUGUGUGGGAACAACAACUGCUGCAGGUGCUUCUGUGUGGAGUGUGUGGACCUCUUGGUGGGGCCAGGGGCUGCGCAGGCGGCCAUUAAGGAAGACCCCUGGAACUGCUACAUGUGCGGCCACAAGGGCACCUAUGGGCUGCUGCGGCGUCGGGACGACUGGCCCUCUCGGCUCCAGAUGUUCUUCGCCAAUAACCACGACCAGGAAUUUGACCCUCCGAAGGUUUACCCGCCUGUCCCAGCCGAAAAGAGGAAGCCCAUCCGGGUGCUGUCUCUCUUUGAUGGAAUUGCUACAGGGCUCCUGGUGCUGAAGGACUUGGGCAUCCAGGUGGACCGCUACAUUGCCUCGGAGGUGUGCGAGGACUCCAUCACGGUGGGCAUGGUGCGGCACCAGGGGAAGAUCAUGUACGUGGGGGACGUCCGCAGCGUCACACAGAAGCACAUCCAGGAAUGGGGCCCAUUUGACCUUGUGAUUGGGGGCAGCCCCUGCAACGACCUCUCCAUUGUCAACCCUGCCCGCAAGGGGCUGUAUGAGGGCACUGGCCGGCUCUUCUUUGAGUUCUACCGCCUCCUGCAUGACGCGCGGCCCAAGGAGGGAGAUGAUCGCCCCUUCUUCUGGCUCUUUGAGAAUGUGGUGGCCAUGGGCGUUAGUGACAAGAGGGACAUCUCGCGAUUUCUCGAGUCCAACCCCGUCAUGAUUGAUGCCAAAGAAGUGUCGGCAGCACACAGGGCCCGCUACUUCUGGGGUAACCUUCCCGGUAUGAACAGGCCGUUGGCAUCCACUGUGAAUGAUAAGCUGGAGCUGCAGGAGUGUCUGGAGCAUGGCAGGAUAGCCAAGUUCAGCAAAGUGAGGACCAUCACUACCAGGUCAAACUCCAUAAAGCAGGGCAAAGACCAGCACUUCCCCGUCUUCAUGAACGAGAAGGAGGACAUCCUGUGGUGCACUGAGAUGGAAAGGGUGUUUGGCUUUCCUGUGCAUUAUACCGACGUCUCCAACAUGAGCCGCCUGGCGAGGCAGAGGCUGCUGGGCCGGUCGUGGAGCGUGCCCGUGAUCCGCCACCUCUUCGCUCCGCUGAAGGAAUACUUUGCUUGUGUGUAAGGGACAUGGGGGCAAACUGAGGUAGUGACACAGUUAAACAAACAAACAACAAAAACCACAAAACACAACAAAACACCACGAACGUGAGGAUGGAGAGAAGUAUCAGCACCCAGAAGAGAAAAAGGAAUUUAAAACAAAAACCACAGAGGCGGAAACACCGGAGGGCUUUGCCUUGUGAGAAGGGUUGGACAUCAUCUCCUGAUUUCUCAAUGUUAAUCUUCAGUCCUAUUUAAAAACAAAACCGAGACCCUCCCUCCCUUUCCUCUCUGCUCCCCCCUCCCCUCAUUUUUUGGGUCAAACCUUUUGUUUUCUACUCUUUCAGAGGGGUUUUUCUGUUUGUUUGGGUUUUUGUUUCUUGCUGUAACUGAAACAAGAGGGUUAUUGCAGCAAAAAUCAGUAACAACGACAACAAAAUAGUAACAAUACCUUGCAGAGGGGCGGUGGGAGAGGGGGAAAUGGAAAUUCUAUAGAAAUCUAUAUAUUGGGAAUUUUUGGUUUUUUUUUGUUUGUUUUUUACUAUAUAUCUCUUUUUUUUCGUUGUCUCUAGCCUGAUCAGAUUAGGAGCACAAGCAGGGACAGAAAAUAGAGACUCAGGCAGCCGCAUUCUCUUCCAGCCAUGAGCUGCCUGCCAGCACCAUUCCUGGUCAUGCAGAACAGAAUCCAACCAGGGGCAGGGGACACGACACCACACAAGACCCUUUUCUACAGUAUUUCAGGUGCCUACCACACAGGAGACCUUGAAGAAAAUCAGUUUCUAGAAGCCGCUGUUACCUCUUGUUUACAGUUUAUAUAUAUAUGAUAGAUACGAGAUAUAUAUAUAAAAGGUACUGUUAACUACUGUACAACCCGACUUCACAAUGGUGCUUUCAAACAGCGAGAUGAGUAAAAACAUCAGUUCCACGUUGCCUUACGUGCAGAGGGUUCCAGCCAAGGGUGGAGAAAGGGGAUGCAGCUUGCUGGAUUGUUUUUUUUUCCCCUUGGUUUUUAACGAGGUGAAGGAGGAAGGAGAGUGGGGGAGCGGCGUCCUCCCGCCUCUCCUCUCCCUGCCAAAAACAAAGAAACGGGAUGGGCGGUGGGGAUGUAAGACGAGGUGGCUGGGAGCGUGGAGGGCUGAGAGUGGGAUCAGCCAGACCCAUGCAAUAACCUUUUGAUUUUUUUCUAAGAGGAGACUCCGUGGGCAGGAUGGCAGGGGUGAGGGGCCCUCGUUCCCAACGGCCCGCUCCAGCAGAUCUGAGGGCUCCAUGCGGUGGAAUGAGAAAGACCCAGAGUGUGGGCCAGUGACAGUUACAGACCCACCUGGAGCAAAUAAAAAACAUACAGAGCGCACUGGUGCUUCCUGUCUAAGUCGCCUCUUGUGUGUUCUUUUAUGAGGCCUCAGCAUCCAGCCCCUGUGCACAAGGCGGCCACGUGCCCCUGGAAUGUGAUGUUUUUGGUCAUCUCCACAGGCUGCAGUUUUAUACUGGGAGGCUAAUGACAUCUUUAUUAUCGUUAUUAUGCUUAUGGUUCUGGUUAUCAUUAUGUUUGUUUUCAGAUUUUCUUUAAGAAAACAAAAACCCAACCCCCUUCCCUUUGGGUUUCAAACCAAGGUGCGGGGAGCAGGGUGCUUCUAAGUGGCGGUGGCUCUGGUGCCCUGGCUCCUGCCCCUCGGGCCAGGUGGGCCACUGGGCACAGCAAGAGCCAGGUGGCCUGGCGGGGGGCCGGGGGGUCCCCAGGGCCCGCCUCCGGCUCCUCACUCUUCUCUUCUCCUUCCCUCCUCUCGGGUCAGGUGCGUCAGGGCUGGAGGGAGGUCCAGGCCGGCUCUCUCCGUGUGUGUGUGUGUGCACGUGUGUGUGUGUGUGUGCGCGCGCGGAGUGGUGUGUAUUUCUUUUCUAGUACUUGGUCUGAUGAUAGCUGUGCUCUUAGUGCAAGUCAGCAGCACCUGGAGCCCCAAGUGCUCGACGGACGCUUGGUCCCGCUUCCUACCAAGUCAGGCAGUCCGGCAGUGGCGGUAGGAAGGGGCAGCAGCGUUGGCUCCAGGGCGAGGGCCCGACGGGCGUUGCUUGCCUGGGUGGCUGGGGUGUAGAUAUGUGGCAUAUAGAGAUAUAUAUUUUAUAAUGGGAGGGGUGGGCGGCACCUCCUGGGACCGGCAAGGGCUGGGAGGUGUGCUGCGAAGCACAUGGUCCCAGUCCUCGUCCCGAGAAAGAUGGGGCCUACGGUGAUAGGCGCUAUAUAAAUACAUAGAUAGGGUCAUGUUUAAGAAAUAUUAUGUAGUGGGGAGUGGGGGGAGCAGGCUCGGGGUGCCGAGCCCGGGUCCCCACUGUGGACGCGAGCCCCACGCCAAACAGUCAAUCUCGCACACAUGCACAGGAAGCUCUCUCCCGACGGAAGCCUAAAGGAUCGCUCGCACACACGCCAGGGGGCGCCCUCUCCCCCGUUUCAGGACUUUGUGGAGUCAGCCCGUGCAGCUCUUUACCUCUGUUGCCCUGGUUGCAGGUAGACUGUCAAUCCCAGAAGUUGCUAGGUGCUGAAGGCAGGACAAGGAGGAGGAUUUAUUUAGCAGGUGCUCUCCUCUAGCAGGUAGUGUUCUAUCUCUUUUGCCCCUGGUGAUGUCAAAAGAUUCUUCUGUUAGCAACCUGUGAUAACUGACCUGCAACUUUAGGCACCAGUAAAGUCAGCCCUCACCUCCCCCUACCUAUUCUCCCCAAUCGAAAUCAAAUUGACAUCCGAGUCUGUCUUGGCCAUGGGCUUCCACUGGGGGAAAAAAAUGGGACAGUGAACCUCACCUUGUGAUUCAAGCUAAUUAGUAAUUCGUGAUGCAGCCAACCGGAAUCCCUGCUCAUGCCCUGGGGCUUGUCACAGCUGGUGGCAUCUGGCCCCUUUGUUGGGUGCUUGGUCCUGGCCCUCACUGGACCAUCAGCCUGUUUCCUGGAUGGGCUGAUACCUAAGAUCACAGCACUGGGCCCGCAGGGCUGGAAAAGAGGAGGCCCCUGCUAACUGGUGCUCAUCUGUCCCCUCCUCGCUCCAGCCGCCCUCCGCCUCCAUCCUGUGGCCUGGAGCCCACCAGCACCACCCCUGGAGGGCGGGCGGGGGAGGAGGGCUGCCCCAGCAGUCCAGGUGCUCCCUCCCCCGCUGGCUGAGGUCUUCCGGCCCACAGCGGCAGGACUGUCGUGAAGCUUCUGGCUCUCCUGAGCUGACUGCCCGGCACCUCUGUGAAGGAACUGGCCUUUCUCAAUAACCCAGCUCCCCCCCGGGGGCUUCAGAGCCAAACAUGUAGCACCCCAGGGGAUUGGUGUGGGCAGUCUGGGAGCACUGGGCACAGGCCUCCUCGUGGCUACUGGAGAGCACCUGAGCAGGCCCCAGAGUGGCCCCGCUGCCCCAGCGCAGGGACAGGAGGCAACAAUCACCAGCUUUUCUUACAGCCCAGCCUGUGGGCUUGGCCUCAUGGUAGAGCCUGGUAGGUGCAGGGGACCUUGGAGUGUGCCAGUGUGGCCCAGUGGGACACUUAAGCCACAAACAGGCAUAGGGUGCUUCUUGGGCUGCCUGCCUUCUAU